AUGAACUUGGAAAUAGAAGUAGAUCCACUUGUGUUUCAUCGCAUUCCCGUCCAUGAACUUUUAAAAGAAUAUCAAGAAAAUGAAGUUUUUUAUAAAAAAAUUAAAGCAUUAGGAAACAUGUCAUUGUAUCGUUUGAAACGAGAUGGUGAUUGUUUUUAUCGAGCUUUAUGUUUUGGAUGGCUUUGGACAUGGAUACGCCAAACACCCGCUGAUUCAGAAAAAAAUAUUGUUGCAUUCAGUCAGACUACAGAACUCCUUCAAAAGAGUGGUUUUGAGCCAUUAUCAUAUGAAGAUUUUUAUGAAGAAAUUUUGUUAGCGUUGAGUCUGUUAAAACCAUCUGAGAAUCAAGAUUUUCAAGCCAAAGAAAGAGAGCUCCUUACGCUUAUGAAUACGCCCGAAAAGAGCAAUGCAAUGGUUGUCUAUUUUCGUUUCUUAACUAGUGCUUAUAUUAAACAAAACGCCUGUGAAUAUGCACCAUUCUUGGAUGUUCCUAGUGUAGCAGAUGUUUUUACCUUUUGCGAAAAUACAAUUGAAUCUAUCGGAAAAGAAGCUGACCAUGUCAUGAUUAAUGCACUAUCCAAAGCUCUUGGUGUUUGUAUUCAUAUCUAUUAUAUUGACAGAAGUGACUCUAGUCACGCUAAAAAAUACGAAUUUACAGUUGAAAAUAAAAAUCCAAUUACUAUUAAUCUACUCUACCGACCGGGACAUUAUGACUUUAUCGCAGAUGAAUAA